AUGUCGUCCGAACCUACGCCUGAAGUCCCAGCGCCCGCGUACGAUGAGGCGGAGAAGGGUGCUCUACCUGACAUUCACUCUCGGCCCAUCGAAGUCUCGUUCAAGGACGAGAAGAAGGACCUCACGAUUGCUCAAGUCUUGCCCGUGCCUUCCGAGAAGGAGACACCGGCACCUCCUGCCAAGGCUAGCAAACCACAGCAGUGGAAGUACUCCAGGUGGAUCAUCUGGACACUCUGGUACGACAUGUACCGGAAGCUCUUUACGAUCACCUUUUCCGUCAACAUAAUCAUGUUUGGUUUUGCGGUGUCAGGCCAUUGGCCGUAUGCUUACAAGUAUGGCGGUGCCAUGGCUAUCGGCAACUUCAAUGUCUCGGUUCUCGUACGGAAUGAGAUCUUUGGACGGUGUCUGUAUGGUUUCGUGAACUUCUUCUUCGCAAAGUGGGCGCCGCUGUGGUGGCGGCUGGGAUGCACGUCUGUGUUGCAGCAUCUGGGUGGAAUACACUCCGGUUGCGCAGUCUCUGGUGUCAUCUGGCUGACUCUGAGAACUGUCCAUGUCUACGUGAACCAUGCCGUCUAUCCCAAUGCGCUGCUGGCAUGGGCAGUGAUCUCUAACCUCACUCUGUUCAUCACGAUGGUUGCUGGCUUCCCUUGGGUACGUAACUCGCAUCACAACGUGUUCGAGCGCUGGCACCGUUUCAUGGGCUGGACUGGCCUCUUCUCGUCCUGGAUAUUCGUUCUUUUGGGGGACCUGUACUAUGAACCGACGCGGACAUGGAAUAUCAACGGCGUUCACAUCGUGCGACAGCAAGACUUCUGGUAUGUGAUGGGUAUGACGCUCUGGAUUGUCCUUCCGUGGAUCUGCACACGGCGCGUGAAGAUCGACAUUGAGCUGCCAUCCAACAAAGUCGCCGUGCUCCGUUUCGAGCGUGGGAUGCAGCAAGGUCUUCUGGGACGUGUGAGCAGGAGUGCUGUGAAGGAAUACCACGCCUUCGGUAUUAUCUCAGAAGGCCCACAUUCCAGGUAUCAUUACAUGGUGUGCGGUGUCCAAGGUGACUUCACAAAGAGUCUUGUCAAUGACCCUCCGCGGACCAUAUGGACACGAGAGCUGAAGUUGGCUGGUGUCUCCAAUACGUCGAAGCUGUAUAAUCGGGGCAUCCGAAUCUGCACUGGAACCGGUAUCGGUGCGGCGCUAGCGACGUGCAUCCAGUCGCCUUACUGGUUCUUUUUCAGGUACCUCAUCUGGAUUGGGUCAGAUCAGGAGAAGACGUUCGGUCCGACGAUUAGCGGUCUGAUCAACAGGAACAUUGGGCCUGAGCGAUACCUCCUCUGGGACAGUAAAGUGCGAGGAGGACGGCCUGAUACACGAAAGAUCCUGAAGGAGAUAUACCACUCCUGGAAGGCUGAAGGCGAUUUGACAGUCGUCUUCAUCACCUCUAACUACCAAGGAAACUCAGAGAUGAUGCGGGCGUGCAAGGCGGAGAAGAUUCCAUGCUUCGGAACGCUCUGGGAUUUCGUGAGCGACGCACUUCUUCAGGGCAGCACCGGAAUACUGACCGUAAACAUCAUCUCAGUGAUCUUUCGUUACGACCCCACGAUUCUCUUAGACGUCAUUCCUUACCAUAUAGACGACGAAGGCAGACGGAAGUCGCCCAUGACGAUGGUCCUCUCCUUCGCUCACCGCUCAGAAUGUAUUCUAUCGUUGUAA